CAGUGUCCUCGGGAACGCGAGAGGGUUCUGUGGACUCCCUCGCUGGCUUGUGUAGGAUAUGCUGACAGGUGGGGGAGACGGCGAGACGCUUGUGCUACUCCUCUGGGAACGCACGGCAGGAAGGAGUAGUAGUGUUGUGCUCGAAUCGUAAAGUUUUCAGGAGUGAUCUAGAGGCGACGAAGAAGCAGAAAAUGACAGUGUUAUCUUGAGGUUCUUAUAGACUGUAAUAUAUUACUCGCUUGACUUUCAGCAUGACACGAAACGCUGAAAUCUAUCUGUGGGCGUUGGUGCUGUUGAGUUCAGCAGCUGCUGCCAGUCGGGGUCAGCCGCACAUCGUUCUCAUAGUCGCCGAUGACCUUGGCUGGAACGACGUGUCCUGGCACAACCCUCAGGUAGUCACGCCCCACCUGGAGGACCUAGCAAGGCGGGUCAUCCUGGAGCAGUCCUACGUCCAGCCCAUCUGCACGCCCACGAGGUCAGCGCUUCUCACGGGGCGCUAUCCCUUCACGCUCGGGAGACAGCAUUCAGUACUGAAGGACAACGAGCCCACAGGACUUACCCUCAACGCCACCCUCCUGCCGCAGUCCCUGAAGGAGGUCGGGUACUCCACCCACGCCGUUGGGAACCCCUCAUGGUGCCAGAGGAGUACAUGAAGCCUUACGACCACAUUCAGGACCUUGAUCGAAGGACGUACCUUGGUAUGGUGACAGCCAUGGACGAGGCGGUCGGGAGGGUCGUGGCGGCACUUAAGUCGUCGGGGCACUAUGAGGACUCAGUCAUCGUUUUCACUACUGACAACGGCGGACCCACUAAGCACGGGGCUAAUAACUGGCCGCUGAGAGGCUACAAGACGACCCUGUGGGAGGGCGGCACGAGGGGCGCCGCCUUCAUACACUCUCCGCUGCUGCCCAACCCUGGCGCCGUCUCCCAUAAAAUGAUCCACGUGACUGAUUGGUACCAGACUUUGGUUGGCUUGGCAGGGGGCGUGGCUCCGGGAGACACCGACGGCUUUGACCAAUGGGCUUCUCUCACUAGCUCCGCCCCUUCUCCUCGGACGCAGUUGAUUUACAACCUUGAUGAUACGGAUAAAUUCAAGGCCGGAAUUAGAGUGGGUGACAUGAAGCUGUUGAUAAACCCUGGGAACGCGGGUUGGACUCCACCCCCAGAGAGCGAGCCAACCAACCAGGAACCGCCACACAGCCAAGCGACAAAGACUGAAACCUCUUCUUCCAAGAAAUACACACCAGCCAAAAGCUACGAGAAUUCUUUAUACGCAGAAGGGGACAAGUCUGAGUCUUGGAACCACGCCAGAAGAGGUCGGUCCAGUCCAGGCCGAAAGACAAUGUUGCAGUUGAACCACGAGCUGAUGGAAAGGGAGUCCACGUUGGUAGAGGGACCUUACGAGGACUUGCAGGCGGUUCCUCAGUCAAAGGAUCAAGCAGGGUUCGGCAGCGACGUGGCUCCAAACCAAGACAAAAGUUCUAUUUCAGAGAAUUUUGAUGGCAAGGACGAUCUUAAGCUUGACUACUUCUUCAGGAAUGUAGAUAUACAGCUCUAUAAUAUUAAAGACGACCCUGACGAGCGCGUUGACCUCUCCAAGAUCGAGAGCGACACAGUGGAAGACCUCCUGCAGACACUGCUGAAGGAGAUGCCCCGUUACGUUGCUGCUGACAUCAAGCCCGGAGACCCAGGAGCUCACCCAAAGCACUGGAAUAACAUCUGGUCUCCUGGAUGGUGCUGACGAGUGACUUGGGACUCAGGACGUCAGCCGCGGUGUGUGCGUGUGAUGCAAGCGGCGAAGAGAAGGCCGAGAAAACAUGACAGAUAUCUUUAAGGCCUUUCCGUUGUAUUGUUCCUCCCAGUUCCUUCUCUUUAAUGCUUUAUUUACAAUUUGUUCGGGCUGAGUCCUCCAUAUCUCGGCGUUUGCUUGUUUGCUUUGUUAUAGUUGCUUGGUUAUGAGACCAAAGAAAUAAAGGAGAAUGUUAUAUGUACUGGAAAAUAUGAGGUAAUGUUUAUGUUACGAAAAUUUGUUAGAGAAAUGAAUUGUUAUACGCGUAUGAUAUACCAAGUGAAACUGUCUAUAAUAAAUGCUUAUCGCCUUUGUUUC